CACAACCGUCUCAUGUCCUCUCCCGGCUUCCGUAGACAUUCCUCCGCUGUCAGUUUGUGUGCGGUGACAGACAUCCAUCGGUGAGCCCACAAAUCCAGCUCCAAGUGUGAACUAUGGAAGAGAUAAAUAACUUUGAAGUCGUUCCAUGCACAGAGUCCGACUACCUGAAACCGUUCCGGGUGCACUACAACCAGAAUGGCACAAAGAAAUCCUGGGACUUCAUGCGAACCCAUGACAGUGUAUCGGUGCUGAUCUUCAACACCACCUCACACUGUUUUGUCCUCGUCAAGCAGUUCCGUCCAGCUGUUUACAUGUGUGAGUGGGAAAAGUCCAAAUCUCAGCCGCCUCAAUCUGCCGACAAACCCGAGGAGGGUGCAGCCGAGGCUGCAGCCCCUGCCCCUGAGUCUCAGGAGGGCCAGUCGGCCUCGGAGGGAGAAAGCGCCUCAAAGUUGCCCCCGGCCUCUGCAGGAGUCACCUAUGAGCUCUGCGCCGGGCUGGUGGACAAACCCGACCUCUCCCUGGAGGAGAUCGCCCGGCAGGAGGUGCUGGAGGAGUGUGGCUACGAUGUGCCUGCCUCUAAACUGAAGAGGAUUACUUCAUACAGGUCAGGUGUAGGCGUAACGGGUGCCAAGCAGACCAUGUUUUACGCCGAGGUGUCUGACGACAACUGUGUGAGCGCAGGUGGAGGUGAGCCUCGGGAGGGAGAGCUUAUCGAGGUGGUCAAAGUCCCGCUGCACGAGGCCAUGACAUUUGCCUACAACGAGCGUAUACCCAAAACCAUGGGCGUCAUUUUUAGUUUCAUCUGGUUCCAUAAUAACAUGUCUCCCAAGUACAAGAUCUCCACCAAUGUGUAACUAGUAUUAAUCAACAAUCUUUAUACGGUUUAUUCAAAUUCAAUUAAACACUGGCCCAGCACAUCCUCCACCCUCCCCUUCAUCACUCUUCAUUCUGUAUCGCCUUUUUUGCUCAUUGGUCCGUGAUGAAAAGAGGGCCCCUUGUCUCGUUGCCAACAGCUAACUUUGAGUUUUGUCCUGUUUCCCUUUUCUACUGAAUGUGGUCCCCAUAGUUUCCCUCUUAACUAAUUUGCCAUUGCUGGUUGUCACUGGCACUUUUGUCUCUUCUUGUUUAUUUUCUUUGUUUAUUAACUGUGCCAUCUAUUACAAAUGGCACCAUAUCACUCAUUUCAUUUGCCUGCCCUUCAUUAAAGGAACACUCCACUGCUUUUAGCAUAGGCUACUGAAAGUUUCCUACCUCCAAAACAGCAAAGUGACUUCAAAAGCGACCGAUACCAGCCAAGAAAGUAUUCAAAAUGACUGCAAAAUUCUAAAAAUCUGCAAACUCUUUGUUUAAGCAAGGGUGCUAACCAGCCACUUGCCCUUCAUUAGCAUCAAUUUGCUAACAUUUUAGCAUGCUUACACUUACUUUUAAAUCAUGCAAACAUUUCAACUUGCCUGACAAAGUGCAACAGAGGAAUUUUGCAUCUUACAUCACAAAACGAAGGACAAUGGAUUACUAUUUCUACUGCUCUUAAAUAGAAACGUUAGAGUAGAGACUAAAAAUAUUGAAUGUAUUUAAAGAUGGAUGAUCUGUCUCAGUCACCUUCUGUUGUACAAAAGUGUAGUCAAAAUACCUCCUGCUAUGGAUGCUGAUGUAUUGCACAAGACUGAAGAGAUAGCACAGUAGAUAUUUUCUGGGCGGAGCUGCGAAACAGGUGUUCCAACCUUCUGCUAACCAAAACACACAUUUAUAACUUAGCAAUAAAACAGCAAAGAUCCCUCCCGACAAAGCUGUCAAUCAUGACGUUUGAACUAUUUUUUAGAAUCAUUAAAACUGAAACUGAAAGAAAAACGCAGCUAGAUAAUAAUUGAUGUCAAAUGUUUUGGCUUCACUUUUUGGGGAGCUGUCAUGUCAUCCAUCUUUUUCUGCAUCGUCUUCUGAAAAACACAAACAAAGCAGUGGAGCAUUCCUUCAUGCCAUGAUCCAGUUAUGCAAAAACGAUGCUAGUCAAUGGUGGGGCCUUGUAAUGAUUGAAGUGUUCAAUGGGUUUGGACCACCACUGGUUCAAGCAUGCCUCUUGUUAAUUUCUCUGACCCACAGCCUUUAAGCCAUACUCACCAUAGUAAUCCCUUGGGCUGAACAAUCACUCACUGAUAUCAACCAUAACUCUGUUAGAGGAGCGUCAUAAAGUCUGAACCAGUGGACAAGAUAUCAUAGUGUUUAAUCUACAAUCAAAGUGGAAAUAAAACAUAUUGCAUUAAUGUCCGGAAAAAGAAUACGCCUGCUACGUCACCGUGGGGCUUAAUGUCAGUUUUAUGUGUGUCGUCGUUCACAAGCACAAUCCUGCAGUGAGUUAUAGUCUGUUUGACAAAAACAGAAAACUGUCCUGUUAUAUGUUAGUCAAUCCUGAAAUCCCUUGGACAUGGAGAGGAGUUUUAAAUUACUUUUAUGAAUUAUUUUUUCAUUUCUCUUACAUAUUAUUUCUGAGACUAGAAAUACCGUAGAGCAAACGUAUUAUAAACCCUCUAGAGAGUUAAUUUUACCCACAAGUGUAGGAGCACAUUCAAAAGGACUUGAACCAUCUAAAAGAUUGCCUUCGAUCAUAGUUCAUGUUGGAGAUUCUGUGUAGUCAAUACUGAAAGAUCAUUAACACAUAAACCUGAUCUCACAAAGUGAAUCUCAGCAGCAGUUUGCCAAAAUCUCAGGUCCAAGAAGUCAAACUGUUGGUCAUAUUCAGGGUGGACCUCUGGAUGUGAUAACAACCAGCAUGUUACUUAUGACGUAUAUAUAUUAUAUAUCAAAAUCUCUUGCAGUUUAGGGCAACAAAGUUCUUACUUUUCUUAUUAUAUGCUAGUUUUUUUAUUCAAAAAGGGCUGGUAUUCACCUAUUAACUAAUGUAUGAAUAGAAAGACAUUCCCCCCCUUAUUUUAGAAAUAUGCAAGCUCUGAAGAUGAUAAUGCUUUAGAUAAUUACAGCUAGUUUAAAACAGCUUCAACAUCUCAUCAUUCACACAUUACUAAAAUUAGAAGAUAAGAGAACUACGUGUGUGCUGGAUGGGAUUUCAGCUCUGUAAGGUGCAUCUGCAGGGGGGGUGUUAGCUGGAAGAUGUGCAAAACGUGCAACAUUUGAAUAUCUUGGUGGUUUCUCAGUGGCUACGAAACCAAACAUAAAAGUAAGGUUUUUAUUUGAAAUGUUUUAAGUGCAAUCCAAAAAUUCAUCAAUCUGCCAUAUUAGACAAUAACAAACCCCAUCUCCUGUGUGCGUGAUGUGUUUGUCCAGGGUUUAUUUUUUUUCAAGGCUCUUUGAGUCUAACAAAACAGCUGACAAUCAAGUGUCAUCAUUUACUUUCUUUGAACCUUGUAGUUUUUUCAUUCAGUUAUUAUUCACUAGAUGUAUGUCCUUGUUCCCUCUGAAUCUCACAGCUGCCCUCUUAAGAUAAGCUCUGGCAUCUCAAUUCUUCUAUCUGGUGCCACUCAAUGCUUUGUUCAAUUCUGUGCAAACAAACUUUGGAGGGAGACUUUAUAAAUGUUUGGUUUGACACACUGAAUCAAAUAUUUGGGGUACAUUUUCACCCACACUUUGUAGGAAUAUAUGCAGAAUCCUUAAGCCAUAUUUACACCCAGUCACCAAGCUUGUUUGUCCUUCUGUCCAUCAAAGAUCAUUCCUCGAUUUUAGGCUUGAAGUAUUUUUAUUUUGAUUGUUUCUUGGGAAUAGAAAAACAACUUUAAUUUGCUAUAUUGAUCCAGUGUAACAGGCUGAAGCCUGCAGAAUGGGGCAUGGCUCAUUGUUAGUCGUAUCUACUGUGGUUUGAGUGGUUUCACUGUGGAAUUAAAUCCCACCUACCACUACUUGAUUUGUUAAACUGUUGAAUUUGGGCAGGACUAAACUUAUAUUGCAGCUUAUUAUUUGUUAUUUAACUACCAAAGCAAACAGGUGAAAUGUUCUUCUUUAAAUACAGUUUUAUUUUAAAUUUCACAGUUACAUGAAAAUGGGUCAAUUAUUAACUGUACAUAAAGAUGGACGUCACAGGGGCGCUGGUGGCCUAGCGGUCUUAGCGCCCCACAUACAGAGGCUACAGCCCUCAUCGCAGGGGUUGCCGGUUCGAUUCCUGCUGGUCGACCAUCUCCUGCAUGUCCUCCCCAACUCUCUACUCCCCAUACUUCCUGUCUCUCUUCAGUUGUCCUAUAGAAUAAGGGCAAAAAGCCCCCCAAAAAAUAUAAUAAAAAAAAAAAAGACGGACAACACAACUUUAUAUCCUCCUGUCACCUAAAAGUGAAGCCAAAAUAAGGACUUAAAUAUUGCACACUGGGAGCCAGAGGCUUUCAGAGGCAAAGUGCUUAUGUCCCUCCCUCCUUCCAAUACAAAAUGCACUACAGGUAAAACUGAAAAGAUCUCUCGUAUUGGUAGAGUAAAACAGAUCCUUGUGAAAGUUUUGAGGAAACACUCUCAGUAUUAGAAAGUUCAGUGACUUUUGUCUAAGUGUUUGCCAUUUACCUCUCACUGUUCCUCCACCAAUCUGAUCCAAACAGCGACACAUGGCCAGCUUUUGUCAAAGCGCUUUCAAACAUGGUGCUAAACCCCAUUUUUAGCAUUAUAUAACUAAUUAAAACUAAACUGCUCAGGAAAAGCUAUAUUUGGACUUAAAUUAGCAUGAUUAGACCAUUUAAAUAACCAAAACCAUGUUCUAGAAACCAUUUUUUUAUGUGAAUUUUGAUUUAAAAGUUCAACCAAUAUCUGACCUGUUAAUAUGGAGGAGGCUGGCAUUAUGACUUGUACUGCAGCCGCCAAUAUAGGGAGUUCUCAAUAAUUUGGCUUCACUUUUAACAAGCUUUCAUGAUGUCCCUCUUUAACAAUAGUCAGUUGAGUUGACAUGUCAGUUGACAAGAAACAAGUGAUAAAUAAAUUAGCUUGUAAGCACUGUUCAGUUUCUCAUCUUUGCUUUAAUUCCAGUCAUUUCAACCACUUGUUUUCUGUUUACACUUACCACUUGGUGCAAUACUCAUACUCACAGCUAGCAUUUAGUGACAUAAUAAGUUUAACCCUGCUCAAAUACAACAGUAAAGUCAAUUAAAUGAUGCAGAGUGGGACUAAGCCUUGAACCCACACUGCUCUGCAGACUGUAGCCAGAAAAUACUCCAAUUGAUUCAAUUCUUGAUAGUUGGUAAACAUUUGAUGCCAAAUCUCAAAUGCAUAAAAACAACUCAGCUCUUUUAGUUUAGUUUGAUAAUGGGACACUUUGGUAAAAUGUGGAACACAGCUUUUUUAAAUGAAACCGGGAUGAUUUUGUUUGUUUGUUUACUGUGGCAUGCUGAGUAAAUUACAAGGACACACUGUACAACAGAUAGUGGAUUUCUGAGCGUCUUUAAUUUCUGCACCUUAACUGGAUCAACGACCUCUUUCCCUCAGCCUCCUUACUUUUUCCACUUCUCUUCUUCCAUGUGACAAUCUUUUCUUUAGUCUUCAGUUCAAUGAGGUCUGAGCAGAUCUCACCGUUUGAUGAAAGUAGAGAUACUAACAGAAAGAUUCCCAAUGGUGCUUACAGUUUGUCAUUAUCACUUUUCAUCUUGGAAUGACUCAUUAGAAAGUUAUCUGUAUCUCACAUUUGAAAAGGAGUUAGUGCUAAUCAGCUCAAAGUGGGUAAAAAUAAAAAAAAACAUCCUGUGUGUUUUAGAGAAAUCUCUCUUUGCGGUAACGAGGCACACUGCUUCAGAUUUGGCUUCUUGUUGAUACAUUUCAACAAACAAAGCCAUUUAAAGGCCAGUCUGUAACUUUAUGUUGCUAUCAAAAGUGUAUAUCUGCCAUGUGACUCUCUCUUGGCAAAUUUUAUCUUUUGAAGAAAAUUAUUGCAAAAAUACAAAUCUUUUCGACGCCUUUUUUCAUUGGCUUGUCAUUGUAGGUGGCAUCAGUCAGAAGGCCAACACUGGUAUGUGUUUCUCUAAGCCUUUUCUACAACUGUUGUCUGAAGUAGGGAUGAAGAGAUCAAACUCUUGAAGUCCCAAUACAGAUACCAGUACCAAUAUUGGUACCUAUACUGAUGCUUAAGUCCAUACUGAUACCAGUACAAAUACCGAUACUGAUACAAAUACAGACAACAAUGCCGAUACGAAGUUGAUACUGAUUCCAAUACAGAUACAGAUAAAGAUACCGAAACUGGUACAGAAGUCCAUACUGAUAUAAAUACAGAUACCGAAGCCAAUACUUAUUCAAUACAGAUACAGAUACCGAUGCCAAUAUUGAAGUUGAUGCUGAUAUCAAUACAGAUAACAAUACUGAUACCGAUAUGAAAGUUGAUACUGAUACAGAAACGGAUGACAAUCCUGAUACCGAAGUUGAUACUGAUUCCAAUACAGAUACAGAUAAAGAUAUAGAAACUGAUACUGAAGUAGAUACUGAUACCACUACAGAUACCGAAGCCAAUAUUGAAGUUGAUGCUGAUACCGAUACUGAUACCGAUAUUGAUACCGAUACUGAUACUGAAGUAGAUACUGAUACCAUUACAGAUACCGAAGCCAAUAUUGAAGUCGAUACUGAUACCGAUACCGAUACCGAUACUGAUACUGAUACUGAUACUAAUACAGACAACAAUACUGAUACCAAAAUUGAUACCGAUUCCAAUACAGAUACAGAUAAAAAUACCGAAACUGGUAUCAAAGUCUACUCUGAUACUAAUACAGAUACCGAAGCCAAUACUUAUUCAAUACAGAUAUAGAUACCAAUAGCAAUAUUGAAGUUGAUGCUGAUACCAAUACAGGGGCUUUGGGUAUUGCUGAUACCGAGUACCAAUGAGAUACUCAGUGUUGAAUUAAUAACGUGUAUUUCCUUGUGAGAAAAAGACUGGCAAUCAUAAUAUUUAAGGCACUUGAGGCUUUUCUAACUUUGAUCUGCAUGGCCGAGUCAUUUCAGUUCAGUUUAUGCUCUUCUAUAUUUGCGUUAACAUCGGUGUCAUGGGAAGUCUGUAUCGCUUCAUAUCUGAUAUCACAAUCAAAUUGGUGCAAGCCUAAUCUGAAACUUGAGUUCAUAUAUUGAACACAGAGCGAUUACACAUUGAAAACUUAAAGCGAAAUUUACAAAACUAAAGCUGCUCAAAGUAGGAGGGAGCAAGACGAACAAUGUUGAGAUUUCAGCUUCUAAAACCUGAGUCAGCCUUUCAGGUUCAGCUGGUUCAGCCAGCUUCUCUAUAUAAACAUCUUGAGUAUGAUGGGACUUAAGUCUUAGCAAAGCCUAUGUUUUAAUUUACUUCAGCAUGUGAAGGCAAAACUCCUAAGUUGAUCUGCUUUUAGAUCAAAUCAAAUUUGUAUUUUUUCAAGCUAUUUAGAUAUGUUGCACUGUUUUUAUAAUCUUAUUUUACUCUGCGUAAAAUGCUCAAAUUAUGGCUUCACGUGUAACUACACUCUUGCUGUUGGCAUAUUCUUAAAAGUCGGUAACACGGUACGGUUAUUGAAUGACGAACAGGACAGAUCAACAUAUUGAUGUAAAGCUUAUUUGCUUUUCUUUAUAAAAGCUUUAAGAGAAAACGGACACCACUCUCCAGUCUGUCUGGUAAAUACAAGGCUACACCCAGCACCUGUUAGCUUUAGCUAGCUGUCUCCCCCCGUUUCCAGUCUUUGUGCUAAGCUAUGGUAACCAGCUGCUAGCUGUAGCUUCGUAUUUACUGAAGAGCCAUGAGAGUCAUCCGAAUCCUAGCAAGAGAGGGAAUGAAUGCAUGGCCUCAAAUGAUGAAUUAUUUUUUUACUUCUCCCACGGCUACAAGCCUGAACUUCCCCAUCCGCCACUAAAGAAAACACACUUUUGACAGUCAAAAGUCAAGGUACAGACUGUGCCUCUGGUAAGCCAUAUGAUUCUUUAAUAUAAUAAAAAAUAUCUGAGUAAAAUCAAUGGUUAUAAAAUUCAUUCUUGCUAAUGCUGGAAAAGAACCAUUAGCCCAGCACUGGACAUUUCUACCUCCAUCACUCAGGCACAUCAGGAGAAUAUUUCGUGUCCGUUUGCUUGCUUCUGAGACACUGACAUAUCAAAUUAUCAGCAACAUGUCAGAACUGUAAAACUCAAAAGGUUCUACUGAAAUCAUCAGUAUCAGACUUUUCUUGAUGUACCCCCAUGGCUAUGCUGUAGUUGCUUCUUCAAUGUGAUUGUUUUUUUGUUUUCUUCUGUUCAGGGUUUGUGCACCGUUUUAAGGACUUUCUUGCUGUAUUUUCACGAGCUGAGCAAAACUGAAUCAUGAACAUGUUUUUAAAGGUGCUAUGUGUAGUAUUCUCUAAUUCAAGAAGGUGUUUUACUGUUAAAUAUAACUUUCCAAUAGAUGUGACGGUUCGAGAGUUACCUUUGGUGAUCUACUCAAUAUUCAUGUCUUUAUCGAAUAUUCUGAUAUUCCUUAUUUGCUGGUGAGUCCUGGAAAAGGAACUUUUCAUUCUGGAUAAAGUCUUUUUUUUUUGCUUCUUUAUGCACAGACUGGUAGCUGAAUAUUCAGAAGCAACCUGGGAGGGGGGAUAAUCAGAUUUUCUGCUAACAAGCAGAUUAAAUGUGACUAUAAAGUGUAGCACAUGCGCUAUUCUAUUCGUCAGUGUACUAUUUAGUGAAAAUCCUACACAUAAUACCUUUAAGUGAAAGAAGUACUUUGAUUUUGGUCAGGGUAAUGACAAAGAAAUUUGUCUGAUUGUGAUUUUUCUUUUCUUUUUGGUGUCUUACACUGAACUUUUUGUUUUUUAGAAAUAUUAUCUGAAAAAAUAACAAACAUGAACAUUGCAAUUUUACGACUUUAUCAUGUAUUUCAUGCUUUAUUAAAAGUGUAUACUCAUUGUGGACAGUGUUUUCAGUAAUGUUUUGAUUUUGUUAAUUUAUUACCUAAAUGUUGGAAUAUUUAACUUUUAAAACAUGACACUUGGUACCGACAAACAGUAUAUAUUUAAAUAUGAUACUUUGCAUGUGCACUAUCUGUGUUGGAUUAAACUGCAUUAAGUUGAAAUAAAAUGGGUUCGAUGCCCAAAAUAUUAA